AUGCCAAUAACGCCUCCUCUCAGUACAGGCUUCGGCUAUGGCAUCGUACUGGGCCUGGGCUUUGCUUUUGCCCUCGGCAUGAUAACCACCACUUAUGUCCUCAAGAGGUACCAGGCGGAGGUUCAGACCUCGGAGAUGUUCAGCACGGCUGGAAGAACCGUUAAAUCAGGUCUCGUUGCCAGUGCAGUUGUCUCUUCUUGGACCUGGGCUGCCACAUUGCUCCAAUCCUCUGGAGUGGCCUACCGUUAUGGAGUCUCUGGACCCUUCUGGUAUGCAUCCGGUGCUACUGUGCAGAUCCUGUUGUUCGCGACUUUGGCAAUCGAGUUGAAAAGGAAGGCACCUAAUGCUCAUACCUUCCUUGAGGUUAUUCGAGCUCGGUAUGGAGUGUAUGCUCACUUGGUCUUCACCGUCUUUGGUUUGAUGACCAAUGUUCUGGUGACCGCUAUACUGCUAACAGGAGGCUCUGCUGUCGUAACCGCCCUUACAGGCAUGCCGACCGCAGCAGCCUGUUUUCUUUUACCGAUUGGGGUUGUUCUGUACACGAUUGCAGGAGGAAUCAAAGCGACUUUUCUUACAGAUUACGUUCAUACGGUCAUGAUUUUGAUCAUCAUUUUUAUCUUCGUGAGUCCUUGCACCCGGGAAAUUCUGACUCAGUACAAGAUUUACUGA